AUGAGUACGGCGGAUCCGCCGGGAUCUGAUCCACCUCCGACGGGGGAGGGUCUGUCUCAGGGGGAAGCGCAGGGUUCGGAGCAAGAAAUAAGAAGUGAUCAGGAGAUUUUGGUAUCAAGUCAGAUUUCGACGAAGGUUCUGGAGAAUGUGGGUGAGAAGGCGAUUCAGGAGAUUUCAAAUCUGGAGGUACAAAAUGGUGGAUCGAUUCAGAGUCCAAAGGAUCAGGUGGGAGGAUCUAAAGGCUCGUGGAUUGAUGCGGUUCAAGGUCAAAAAAUUCUGAGAAAGUAUGAUGUUGAGGUCACGAUGAAAGACGGUAUCGGAUCGGUAAAGGUUCCAGAAGAGAUCACGAAGGAUGUGCCACCGCUAUGGGAUGAUUUUCUGGUGGGAAAGUUUUUGGAUACAGCUCCGCAUAUAGCGAAAGUUCAUGCGAUAGUGAACAAAAUAUGGAAUCUGAAUGACAAAGCCCAGAAGAUAGAAGUGUAUGAGGUCAAUCAGACUACGAUAAAGUUUCGUAUUCCCAACCAAGCUGAUAGAAGAAGGAUUUUGAGAAGAGGAAUGUGGAAUCUAGCAGGAAUCCCGGUGGUGAUGACGAAAUGGUCGCCGGUGGUUGAAAAGGAGAAGCCACCUACGCAAUCUAUUCCAAUGUGGGUUCACAUAAAGCAUGUUCCAAUAUCGAUGUUCUCGUGGCAAGGGCUAAGCUUCCUGACUAGUCCAAUUGGGAACCCAAGUAGGUUGCAUCCUGAGACAGCUCAAUGUUUAAAUCUUGAUGUGGCAAAGAUUUUUGUUAAUGUUGAUCUCACAAAGGAGCUGCCAAAGAGGAUGAAUUUUAAUGUUCUGGGAGAGGAUGUAAUGGUGGAGUAUGGGUAUCCACGGCUACCAACAAAAUGUCAAAAAUGUGAUAAGUGGGGUCAUGCUGUCAAAACUUGCCCUAUGGAGAAAGCAGCUCAGAAGGAGCUAGAAGAAGGAGAAAUAUGCGGGGAGAAUAACAAGGAGGAAGAGAUAGAAAGAAUUGAAGUUAAGGAAAUUGAGAGUGGUGAUAAAGGUGGUGGAGUAUUACAUGUAGAGAUACAAGCUGAGGACAAUCAAGCCUCCAUGAAAGAAACGUCACAAGACAUUGAGAGUGAGAAAGAAAAAGAAUGGUUGGAUGUCUCGCCAGGGAAAUCUAGUCGGCCUUCGAGUCCUUUGAAGUUUGGGCAGGUAUCAAUACUUACUAAAUCGAGAUUUGAAGUGUUAUCACCAACGGAAGAGGAACAAGAAGAAGAAGAGAAUCUGGAGCAGACAGAAGAAGAACAUGAGGUAGUGCAGGAAGAAGAUAACCUUACAAGGAAAAUGUUACCUCGAGAGUCUAAGGAAUGGGUCAGGAAACGUGGUUUUCAGUUUGGAUGUUUAAUUGAGACAAGAGUGAAGGAGAAUAAAGCAAAGAAGAUUUUGGAGACUGUAUUUCCAGGAUGGUCAUAUAUCACAAACUAUGAUCAUCACCGGUUGGGUAGAAUUUGGGUCACUUGGAGUCCGAGGGUAAGGGUUACUCCCUGUUUUCAAAGCGCACAGUUGGUUACGUGUUCUGUUUUGUUGGAAGGGAUGGUAGAGGAGAUCUUUUGCUCCUUUGUAUAUGGAUUUAAUUUGGAGGAAGAGAGAAAGGAGCUUUGGAAAGAUCUUAAAGACCAUCAUGAUUCUCCUAUAAUAAGGAAAUCACCAUGGAUUGUUCAAGGGGAUUUUAACGAGAUUCUUAGUGGAGUGGAGCAUUCAGUGUCGGGUUCACAAGACUCGUUGGGUAUGAAGGAUUUUCAAGAAGUGGUUCAAUACUGCUCUAUUGUAGAUAUGUCAUACCAAGGGCCUAGGUUUACUUGGUGCAAUAAGAGAGAUACUGGCUUGAUCUGCAAGAAGUUGGAUCGUACUAUGAUUAAUGAGGUAUGGGUGAGAUCUUUUCCACAGUCUUAUUGUGUAUUUGAAGCUGGAGGUUGUUCGGAUCAUCAAAGAUGUCGGGUAGUGAUUAAAGCGGAGAUAAUGAAACCAAGAAAGCCGUUUAAGUUUGUAAAUGCACUAGUGGAUAUGCCAGAAUUCAUUCCUGUGGUUGAGAAGUUCUGGUCUGAGGCAGAGGUGUUGUUCAAUUCCACUUCUGCUUUAUUUCGAUUGUCAAAGAAGCUCAAGGCCCUGAAGCCGGUUUUGAAGCAACUGAGUAAAGAAAAGGUGGGGGAGAUAGUAAAGAAGACAAGAGAGGCCUAUGCUAAGCUUUGUGAUGCUCAAGUGAAGACUUUGGAAAAUCCCAUCCAAGCCAACAUUGAAGCAGAAUCAGAAGCAUACAGAAGAUGGAUUUUUUUAUCUACUCUGGAGGAGAAAGUUCUUAGUCAGAAGGCAAAAAUUCAUUGGCUUGAUGUUGGAGAUGGUAACAAUAAAAGUUUUCACAGGGCGGCUACAGUAAGGGAGAUAAGGAAUUCUAUAAGGGAGAUUAAGAGAUUGGAUGGUUCUGUAGCAGACUCGCAAGAUGAUAUUAAACAAGAAGCAGUAAGUCACUUCCAUCAAUUUCUUAUUCAUACGCCUUCAGAGUAUGAGGGAAUAAGUGUUAAUGAGUUGAAGUCGCUGGUAAAUUAUGAGUGUUCGGAGGAUGAUAGAAGCAGUUUGAUGAGGGAGAUAUCUUCGGAAGAGAUUCGAAAAGUUCUUUUCUCUAUGCCACGAGACAAAUCACCGGGUCCAGACGGGUUCACAAGUGAGUUUUUUAAGGCCUCUUGGGCGGUAACAGGAGGAGAUUUCGUUAUAGCAAUUAAGUCCUUCUUUGAUAAGGGGUUUCUGCCUAAGGGAAUUAACUCAACCAUCUUAGCGCUUAUUCCGAAGAAGAAUGAUGCUGUAUACAUGAAGGACUAUCGGCUUAUUUCAUGCUGCAACGUUAUCUAUAAGGUAAUAUCAAAGCUCCUAGCAAAUCGGAUGAAAAGGAUUCUCCCUCUCUUCAUAUCUUUGAACCAGUCUGCGUUUGUGAAGGAUAGGCUACUAAUGGAGAAUGUCUUGUUAGCUUCAGAGCUAGUCAAGAGUUAUCACAAGGAUUCUGUUACUGAACGGUGUGCAGUCAAGAUAGAUAUUUCAAAGGCCUUUGAUUCUGUCCAGUGGUCUUUUUUAGUAUCAGUGCUUGAGGCAUUAAAUUUCCCGGAGAAGUUCAUUGUGUGGAUUAAGAAAUGCAUAGAGUUGGCUUCAUUCUCGAUACAGAUAAAUGGGGAAUUGGCUGGCUAUUUCAAUAGCAAGCGAGGACUUAGGCAGGGGUGUGCUUUGUCUCCAUAUCUGUUUGUUAUUAGUAUGCAAGUUCUUUCAAAGCUCCUGGAUAAAGCAGCAACAGAGAAACAGAUGGGUUUUCAUCCGUACUGCAAAGAGCUUCAUUUGACACACAUAUGUUUUGCUGAUGAUGUUUUAGUAUUCUCUGACGGGAAGAAGAAGUCGGUUGAGGGUAUACUGGAGGUCUUUCAGAGAUUUGAAAAGAUAUCGGGUUUGAGUAUUAGUCUUGAGAAGUCUACAUUGUAUCUGGCUGGUGUUCAGGAAACAGAUAGCGAGGCUAUUCUAGACCAGUUUCCUUUUGAAAGAGGAUCUCUUCCGGUACGAUAUUUGGGCCUUCCUCUUCUGACAAAACGGAUGAAUGUACAUGACUAUAGCCCUCUUAUCUCAAGAAUUCGGAAUCGCAUCUCUUCUUGGACAGCGAGGCAUCUCUCCUUUGCUGGACGGCUCCAGCUAAUUGGUUCUGUUCUCUAUAGCAUAACAAAUUUUUGGAUGUCAGCUUAUAGGCUCCCAAACCAGUGCAUUCAAGAAAUAAAUAGCAUCUGUGCUGCAUUUCUUUGGUCUGGACCGGUGUUAUCAACGCAUAAAGCUAAAGUAGCUUGGGUGGAUGUGUUCAAACCAAAAGAUGAAGGUGGUUUAGGCUUGAAAAAUCUGGCAGAUGCGAAUAAAGUGUCUUGUUUGAAGCUUAUUUGGCGUAUUAUCUCUACUAGGUCUUCUUUAUGGGUUAAAUGGAUAUGGAAAUAUCUCAUUCGAAAGGGUUCUUUUUGGAGUGUUAAUGAGAAGAGUAACAGUGGAUCGUGGAUGUGGAAGAAGCUUUUGAAACUGCGGCCUUUGGCUAUGCAAUUAACUAAGAAGGAAGUCAACAGUGGAGCCACCACCUCUUUCUGGUUUGAAAAAUGGUCAUCAAUUGGCCAACUGAUUGAGCUAACAGGAGCAAGAGGGUGUAUGGACCUUGGUAUUCCUAUAAACUCUACGGUGGAGAAAGCUAUUCAGUUGUACCGAGUGAGAAGGCAUCGUGCUCACUCUCUUAGGCAGGUUGAUCGCGAGAUUAUGGCUCUCAAAAAUAAAGGUCUCAACCAGCUAGAUGACAUAUGCCUUUGGAAGAGGGAGAAUGGGGAUUUUAAAACAGAUUUCAGAACAUCUCAUACUUGGAAUCUUGUAAGAAGUUCAUCUCCAAAGGUAUCUUGGGUAAAAGGAGUGUGGUUCACUGAAGCUACCCCGCGUUUUUCUUUCUUAGUUUGGCUUGCUAUUCAUGACAGACUAGCAACAGGAGAUAGGAUUCUUAGGUGGAAUCCACAAGCCGUUUCUACAUGCUGGUUGUGUAACACGGAAGCUGAGACUCGUGAUCACCUAUUUUUUGAGUGCUCGUUCUCUAAGGAAGUCUGGAUUGGAACCAUAAAACAUUUGGCAGGGCGUGGAGAAGUGUAUAAAUGGGAUAGAGUGCUUCGGAUUGUUGAGAAGGGUUUACAUAAGUGGAGUUCGACUGUGUUACUGCGUUAUUGCUUUCAGGCCGUGGCUUAUGCGUUAUGGCAUGAGAGGAAUGUGAGAAGAGUGGGUGAGGCAUCGCAGCCAGCUACCUGUCUGAUUGCAAGGCUUGAUAAGCUCAUUAGAAACAGAAUAUCUUCUUUGAGAAGGAGGGUAGGAGGGUUGAAACCAGACCACCAAAGAGAACAGAUGAACCUCGAACUGGACGCGAGCAGGAACGGGACGCAUCUGCUUCCUAUCGGGUUCGCGAGCUGCUUCCUAUCGGGUUUGCAAGCUGCUGGUCGGGAUUGCGAGCUGGAGAUGUCCGAGAUGCAAGCUGAGGACGGAUGGGAUCGUCUUAAGCUGAAAUCGGAUGAGGCUGAGACGGUAAUGCUUGCUGGAACGGACGGUAUGCGAUCGGGUUAG